GAGAGCCAAGCCUGGGUCGCCAGGGCCUCCUUCCCGUCUCAGCCUUCUUCUGGGAUGUAAAACAGCCUCUGGAACUCUUUUUUUUUCUGCUUGCCGCGUUCUGGUGACCUCUGAGUUUGAAGACACCGCCCCUCAUCACCCACUGGAUUAUGCCCGUGGCUUUCCUACCUGAUGAUUCUCUUGCAGCAGGCUGGACUUCCUCCACCUAAGCGGCCCUCGACCUCUCCUCCUAUGUCAGUGGCUGCCAGGUCCACUAGGACCUCGCAGCUUCCACCACAGAGGCCUUUUGGGCAGGAGGCAUCCUUGCCUCUGGCAGGGGAAGAGGAGUUAGCUAAGGGAGGGGAGCCAGACUCUGCCCUGGAGGAGCUCUGUAAGCCUCUCUUCUGCAAACUCUGCAAUGUCACCUUGAACUCUGCUCAGCAAGCCCAGGCACACUAUCAGGGUAAAAACCAUGGCAAGAAACUUCGAAACUAUUAUGCAGCCAACAGCUGUCCUCCUCCAGCCAGGAUGAGCAGCGUGGUAGAGCCUGUAGCCACACCCCUCCUUCCUGUCCCACCACAGGUGGGCUCCUGCAAGCCAGGGGGAAGAGUGAUCCUGGCCACCGAGAAGGACUAUUGUAAGCUGUGUGACGCCUCCUUCAGCUCCCCCGCGGUGGCGCAGGCCCACUACCAGGGGAAGAACCACGCCAAGAGACUUCGUCUGGCUGAAGCUCAGAGCAGCUCGUUCUUGGACUCUGCAGAGGCAGGGCCAAGGCGGACCCGGAAGGAAGGGAGUGAAUUUAAGAUGGUGGCCACCAGGAGGAAUAUGUACACAGUCCAGAACAAUUCAGGUCCUUACUUCAAUGCCCGCUCUCGGCAGAGGAUCCCACGAGAUCUCGCCAUGUGCGUGACUCCUAGUGGCCAGUUUUACUGUUCGAUGUGUAAUGUCGGCGCUGGUGAAGAAGUCGAGUUCCGGCAGCACCUGGAGAGCAAGCAGCACAAGAGCAAAGUGUCUGAACAGCGGUACAGGAGCGAGAUGGAGAAUCUGGGCUACGUGUAGUGAUGGCCGCCCGCGCUUGUGGAGAAACUGGUCCUGCCUGUUGUUUGCCUUCUGUCAACCUGCCUUGCUUUGUGGUCCCCGUGAUACAUACAUUCCUCGUUCUUCCGCUUAGUAUGAGUAUUUGCAGUGGUGCCCUGAGUCAUCAUGUUGGGGUGGGGUCUGAGCAGGUGAUGGACUCUCCUGGAAAUACCGCACAUACUGUCAAGCGACUUAUAUAUGCGACCCACCUGCCCCGUCAGAAGUAACUUUUUAUCUUGGCCAAGUUCUGUUUCACCAGGAGUAACCUGACUGCUUAGAGCUAUGACCAUUUGAAAAACGGCAUCUCCUUUUGCGGUUUUAGUUUUAUGCAUAUUAGAUGAAAACUUGACUUCAGUUUGUUCUUCAGAGUAUAGUAAAAAGGUAAACAGAUUCCCGUUUCCUGACGUUCCCGGGGAGCCAUCACCCCAGUGUGGUGCCAGGCCAGUACAUGUGCUGUUAUGGUGUGUGCUUGGGUGUCUCAGCAACAGUUCAUCCCCUGUGGCGUGUCUCUGUAACUGACACACAGGCUCUUUUGAAUCCAGACACUUCCAGAAUACUUAGGUUCUUUUGAAGAGGUGACUUUAUCUCCAGUUGUGAAUUGCACACAUUUAAUCCCCACUGCCUCCUCCCUCCUACUUGGGUCAGCUUGUCUGCUGAGAUCAUUUCAUGCCCUGGUUGGACUGUCAGUCUGAGGCCCAGAUUUGACUAUCUAACGAAAAUAUAUUUUCGGAUGAUUCAAGGAAAUGCAUGGAUGUGUUUGCGAUUUCAGUUUGGAAUCAUAUUUUCACUGAUAAUUACGUGAACACGUCAUCAUCUUGUGGCUUUUUGAUGACUGUGGCCUGGCACCGCCCUGGCAGGUGAUGGGCGCUCUAGGGAAGUACCACCCUCUGCUGUUUCUUCCGUGGAAAGUUUUCUUUUUUAAAAGCUGAUCAAGUUUCAGUGUCCUUUCCAGUAGAAAAACACAGACGUUGUGUUUUCUCCUGAACCUCCUUGAAGAGUCUGAAAACACAGAUGACUGCGGUGGCUAAUGAUUCUAUUGGGAUUAUUAUUUUUUUAAAUAAAAAGCCAUAGUGUCUGUCUAGAUCGGCUGCCGGAGUGUUGUGUGAACCUGUGUUCACCGUGUUUCCUCUGUUUUCUACUUUUCUUCAUGUGCUAAGAGCAGCGUGCCUGUGCUUCGCAGGGAAGCAUCAUUCCACAGAAGGUUUAUAGCAAGCAGUAUUUUGCACUAUGACAGAUGCCCAUUUUAUUAUUCAUGUCGCCUCUGGAAACCGCUGUGUAACCCUGAAAAUCCCCCAGGCAAACAGGUGGAGAGGAAGGAAGCGCUCGCUACUCCCCUUUCCACUUUUGCUUCAGAACAGUUGAGACUCACAGUUAAAGGUCGGUUUUAGGAUUAGCUUCUAGAACAGUACCCAGUUCAACCGUCUCCUGCUGAAAUGAAGGUGUCUUGAAAAGUAGAACUAUUUGGUGAAAGUAUUCCCCCUUCGCAACAGAAGAAAGAGCAGUGUUCCCUUGAGCGUUCAUCUCCGUUUGCAGCUCCCCAUCCCAGAGCCCCUCCCUUCUGUGGCCAUCUACAGAGCUGGUCAGUGUAGGGCCAUUUAGCACGUAUCUUGUUAGCCAUUUGGUUCCUCAUUUUGCUGCUAAGUAUAAUUCUUCGGUAGAUUGAAGCAUCGUGCCGGCCACUUGGUUCUGUGAUUGUUUUAACAAUCUCAUUUGCUCUCUCUGCAGGGGUGUGUGUCUGUGUGUCUCUGUGUUGGUGUCUAAAGAUACAUACCCCCUGCCCCCUAGUUUUAUGUGAUACCACAGAGAGAAUUUCACCUCAUCUUUAUCUCAGAAUAACGUUGAAAGAUUCUGGGUAUAGAUUUCCAUUUUAUAAAAGUGACAUUCAUCUGCUUUGAGUUUUUCCUUUGGGAAUGAAGUCAAAGGAUGUGUCUUUCCCCACUCUUCUGUAUACCCCUCAUCCCCCUGUACAGCCCCCAUUUUCCUGUAUGGACCCCACUCUCCUGUAAAUCUCCCCUCUCCUGUAUGUCCCCCCACUCUCUACACCCCCACUCUCCUGCACAUCCCCCCACUCUCCUGUAUGUACAAAAAAAAACAGUGGACUUAACGGCUUGAUGUGUUUUCAAGCCUCGUGAAUUCAGGUUUCUAGUCUCCCAGUGCCCUUAAUGGAUGUUAGGGACGCCUAAGUAUGGUUUCUUUUAGAGAGAAAUGUUAGAUUUAUAGAGUUAUUUCUAUAUUCCUUUGCACUUGUUCUACGACCUUCCAGUGCCAGGUUGCCUACAAAAACUCAACUUGUUUUUAAACUCUGGAAGCUGAUAAGUAACUGCCAAGGUCAUUGUCAGAGGUCGUGUGGACGCAUGGAACGCUGGGAAGCUCCCUGGGCUGAGGCUGCACUGUUCAGUAGGUGGGGCCAAGGGUAGCGGGGUAUUGAGACGACAUGGUACAGUGUCCCGCGAAAUGAACUUGGUGUCAAAAUUAUCCCAUGUCUGACCAAGCUGUGGUGGCGUCUGAGUCAGUUAAGUGAGCUCUCUCUUGGUUUCAUUUUGUGAGGCCUUGUCCUGUUAUAUGAUGUGCUGUGGGAUAACCCCCCCUCUUUCCCAGGAAUCGUCUGUCUCAUGAUAUGCCACAGUCAUGGAUGGACAGGCAUCUAAACAAAGGAAGCCUUAGUCCAGAACGAAGUAGAUUUCAGGUCCAUCCAUGUGCAGCAUUGCUGUCCUCUCUCAUGACUGUGUCUUGUUAGGAGGGCAAUCGGAACACCCAGAUCCAAGGCCUAAAGGAAGGGUCCACUUCCCAUCUGGAUCCCUCUGCCUUUGGAGGGCAUCAGCUUUGAAGUCCAGCUACAGCCCAUGUCCUUUGGUCGUUUAGACUUCGCCCUGAGCAGAAGACUUCGCUGGUCUGGGUUGGUCUGUGUCCUGCCACUUGCAAACACGUGCCUGCUGGUUUACGCUUGCCUGCCUGCCUCACACAAGCUGAAUUUUGCAUUGUUGUUUCCCCCCCCACACACGGUUUGUCUUGAAGAGAACUUUCUCCUCAAGUCUUUACCUUUUAGUUCACUGUGAGCUUGGGAGGUCAGCGAGGAGUUUCGAUGCCCUGGCAGUGAGUGACGGACCGUGCUGAGAGAGAGCUUGUGUGUGUCCUGUGAUCCGAGGCGAAUCAACCCCCUCGCCCCGCAAAGCUGUCCUGCAGAGCUUUGAGUGGCCCGCAGUCUGCAGUCUAAAUAAGGAGAAGAAAUGGCGCAUCUAUGCAUAUAUUUGACCACCCAGUUCGGUCUUCCUGUGACAGCGGGCUCUCCCAUCCUGUGUCACCUGGGACCCAGCCUUGGCCGUCUAAGGAUGGUGAUGUGAAAUGAGUCUGGGCAGGCAGGAAGUGUCUACACGGGGCUUUCUCUAUGGAGGGGCUCUGGAGCAGCAGGCUAGCUCUGUAAGUGUCAGAAUUUCGCUGAAAGUAUUUACUAGCUGUGAGGCGUGUGCCCAAGCAGUCGAGUGUCUUUCGAGGUGGGGACGUAUGCUGUAGGUGUAUGCCGAAGUCUAAUGUAGAUAGUUGAACAGGUGUUUUAGGAAAGUUCUCCCUUGCCCUCCUACUUUAAGUCUCUCUUAGGAGUUUUUUAUACGCUAUAAAAAUGCUUUGUUGCUUUUUGUUGUGGGUGAGUGAGUUCCCUGUGAGCCACCUUGUCAGUGUGGCCGAGUGGACACUAACUCUGUAACUAGCUUCUCAUGAGACAUUUGUAUGAACGGUGUGUGGUGGCAUUCCUUCCCAUUAUCAGUAGAGAUUCUUUAUGGAACUCCCUUUCUCUGUAGCUACCAAAAAAGUCCUGGCUUAUGGUCCCAUGUGACCUUGUGUCCGUUAAGCCCGAAAUAUGAGUGCCUUUAGCAAGCGUUAGCGUUUCACAGAGGGUAGAAAUGACAGGAUUUAAUGCAACUAGCCGCAGUCCAUAAAAUAGCUUGAAAUAGUAAAGGUCCUUGUCAAUUCUGUUCUAUGUCUUUUCUUCCCCCUUUCUUAGUGCAAUCUCAAUUUGCUGUUGGGUAAAACUGCAUUCUAUAGAAACCUGGUUACCGGUUUCUUGGAUGGGCUACGUCUGGUUGCUGCAGCUGGCAGUAGAUGCCGGGUUGGGCUAUGUCCUGGUUGCCCUGGCUGGCAGUAGUUGCCUGGGUGGGCUAUGUCCUGGUCGCCCUGGCUGGCAGUAGUUGCCUGGGUGGGCUAUGUCCUGAUUGCCCUGGCUGGCAGUAGUUGCCUGGGUGGGCUAUGUCCUGGUCGCCCUGGCUGGCAGUAGUUGCCUGGGUGGGCUAUGUCCUGGUCGCCCUGGCUGGCAGUAGUUGCCUGGAUGGGCUAUGUUUGAUGAUGCAGAGGUCUUGGCUUGAGAUGCUGAUGUUAGAAAAAACCUCCUACGCUGAUCAUGCUCUGGCUUGGUUCUUCUGUCGAGCAGAGAGAAUUAAUUAUGUAUCUGCAAAUAAAGUGCAUCGAGGGACAGCCUGGGACAGUAGUUCCGGGCCAUCUAGUGUGGAUGGAGGGGCCUUCCCAAGCAAGCCUGAGGCCUUUGAAAACAACAGUUUUCUUACUUUGAUUAACUUAAAACUUCAAAUUCCCCGAGUCUUUACAACCUUUUGAAUGUAUGACUAAGCUGAUUUUUGUGUAGAAAUAGUAAUGCUGGUCUCUGUGUUUUAUUAUGGAGAAUUGCGGUUAUCUGCCAAGGCGGAAAGCGUUUGCAGCAUACCCAGCGGUGGGUGUCCUCCUCUGCCAACAUCUCCCCACCUGUGUUUCCACGUUUCUCCCCAGAAGCCCGUCACUGUGUUCGUCUGUCCAUCCGUCCGUCAGGACACAUGCCUCCGUAUCCAUUUCAGACAGUGCCCACGCUUUGGGUGUCGUGCACUGGGAUUUAAUAUUUAACCGCUAAUCCCUUAGCAAAGCCGCAUGUGUAGGCCAUAACAUGAACCAGUGACCAGUCUUGGUUCUCUCCUGUGACAUCAGCCUUCCUUGUUUUUGUUCUUGAGUGUGCUUAGAGUUUCCAGCAAGCCUGCACCAGGUCACCUGGCCCUCACAGGCUGCAUCCCCGACGGGACUAGCUGUGAGCCCUCCCUGGGCGCUGUGGCCACUCAGUCUCCUAUCCUGUAUGUAGCAGAAUCAAUGCUAAGACAAGAGUCCCGCCCAUUGAGGGGUGGGCGAGCCUUAGGGCUGUCUGCAGCCAGUCAUGCUGAGGAAAACUGCCUGUCCCCACCUUGUGCCCACCUGCUCUGCAGAACUGAAGGGAGACUGAUGGGCAGAUAACUCAGGGCCCAAACCCGAUUGCUUCUGGAUAUUAGUCUUAGGCUUCCAAAGUGAACUGAAUGCUUCUUUUGGGCUCUUAGUAGGACUGUAUUUAUUUUUGUGAAUUAGAAUCUUGUUUUUUUUUUUUGACAUUUCACAGUUCUUUUGACAUAAAGAUAUUCUUGGGCAUUUGUUGUGGUUUUCUUUUGUAAAGGUUCAUCUAGCCCAGGCUAGUCUUAAUUCUGUCUACUAUGUAGCCGGGAUGACCUUGAACUCCCAAUCCUCCUGCCUCCACCUCUCGGUGCUGGGAUUGCAGGCAUGUACCACCAUGCCAGGCGAUAAUCGUAGUUUUUAAGUCCAAAGCAAUUGCUCUACUCUCACUGCACUGUUGAACACCAACGAAUGCAGGGGCUGUCUGAUUGUUUUGUUUUUAGAUGGCGUUCAUGGUCAUUGUUAAUGUAAGUGUUCCAGUAGCCCCUCCCUGUGGACAUGGUGGCCUUUAUCCCUGACCACUUGUGCACUCUCUACUUGACUCUUCCUUCCUUCCUUCCUUCCUUCCUUCCUUCCUUCCUUCCUUCCUUCCCUCCCUCCCUCCCUCCCUCCCUCCGUCCUUCCUUUCUUUCUUUCUUUAGAAGGUGAUUCCGUAUGUCAGGAUGUGAUACUGUCUUAGGGCAAAGACAGUGUCCAUACUUGGGAACAAACCUCUUGGAAGUGGCUGGUCGUUGUUCUGCCUUCUUUUGGUACCUGAAUACCAAAAGCCUGUCAAAGGCUCUGUAAGCCAGUGUGUCAUUUUGUAAGAGUCUCAUGUCGACUCUGCUCACCUGUGGUCCCCCCAGUCCACCGCAGUGACCUGGCGUGGGUUUGGUGUGUCGUCUUUGAAAUGCCUUACUGGGUGUGCCAGGCUCUGUUGGCAAGCAUCCCAGCGGUCUGCGGAGACCCAUAUGUCUUCUCUGGGAUGCGUGCUCUCGAUCCAGAAGCAACACGGAUCUCGCUUUCAGUAUCAAGGGUGCAUUUUCACGCAGUGGUUGUCUUAAGCUAGAAAUGAAGUAGAAAGCCAAGAGAGAGUUUGGAACCCCUCACGUGAUCAAUCACAUGGCGAGCUGUAAAUGUGCUUUUGCUGAUUUACUCUUAAGAAUGCAGCUGAGAAGCGCCAGUCCAAACCAGAGAGGUGGGACUGUGCCCAGGAAUGGUCUCCGCUUGGGGGUGGAAGAUCUGAGCAGGCAUCGGGAUUGGGGGCGGGGCUACAGAGCUGAUUGACAUGUCACAGGCUUCAAACCAAUCAACUGUGAAUUGUGAAAUUGAAAUAGCUUUUUCAGUUUUAUUUUCUUCUGCCUAUUAAAUAUAGAAGUCUGAAUGUUAUUUAAGCUUCUACUGCUUAUGUUGAUGGCUCAUCUUGGCUGUGUAUUCUCACAUAUGUACUGAUUUCUGAUAAAGGCUUGAUGAUAUUGUAACAGGCUUUUUGUUCAGUUUAAUAAAAUGGUUUUUGAGUCUUGUCUCAAAAGUGA